AUGCUAGAAUAUUAUGAGGAAGUGUCUGGGUGUUAUAUAAUUAGACCAUUAGCAUACAACAUCUGGCAGGAAAUUCAGAGUUUUUUUGAUGCGGAAAUCAAAAAGUUGGGCGUUGAAGAUACUUAUUUCCCAAUGUUCAUUUCGCAAAAACAAUUGGAAAGAGAAAAGGAUCAUGUUGAAGGUUUUGCACCUGAAGUUGCCUGGGUUACUAAGGCGUAUGUAUAUCAAUUGCAGAAUAGGUUGAGAAUUAUCAUGGAGGCUGAUACGGAGGUUCUUCAAAUACUCGAGCUUUAUCGUCAAGUGUAUGAAGACCUACUUGCGGUUCCCGUAAUUAAAGGAGUAAAAUCAGAGAAAGAAAAGUUUGCUGGCGGUCUUUACACAACUACUGUUGAGGGAUUCAUCCCGACAACUGGGCGUGGAAUUCAGGCGGCCACUUCUCAUUGCUUGGGGCAGAAUUUUUCCAAGAUGUUUGACAUCGUGAUUGAAGACCCCAACGUUUCUGUGGGUUCCAAGGCGAAGAAGAUGCACGUAUGGCAAAAUUCUUGGGGAAUAACCACGAGAAGUAUUGGGGUGAUGGUUAUGAUUCACGGUGAUAAUAAAGGUCUAGUUUUGCCACCACGGGUUGCCCAAGUCCAAGUUGUUAUUGUCCCUUGUGGUUUGACGGUUAAAACUACUGAAGAGGAUAAAAAACGAAUAGAUGAGAAAGUAGAUGAAAUAGUUAAAGAAUUGAAAUCAGCAGGCAUAAGGGCAAAAGCCGACCUUCGGGAUACUUAUACCCCAGGAUACAAAUUUAACCAUUGGGAAUUGAGGGGAGUUCCCCUUAGGUUGGAGAUUGGCCCCCGUGAUUUGGCAGGACAGCAAGUUAUGUCAGUUCGUCGUGACACUGGUUUAAAAGAACCAGUUCCCCUGUCCCAACUGUCAACUCGUGUCCCGGAAAUUCUAAACAUUAUUCAUAAUGACAUGUUUGAAAGGGCAAAAAAGAACUAUGAUGAUCAUGUUAAAAUUGUGUUAAAAUGGGAAGACUUUGUGCCAACUUUGGAUGGUAAAAAUGUAGUCCUCAUUCCAUGGUGUGAACAGGAAAAAUGUGAAGAUGGAAUUAAAGAAAAAAGUUCCCGAAGCAAUACUGGACAAGAACCAGAGGAUGAAAAAGCACCAUCCAUGGGCGCAAAGUCUUUAUGCAUUCCCUUUGAACAACCAACUGAGCCUGCCAUAGGGAAACGUGUCAAUACCCGCGAGUAUCGGUAUCGUAAAAAACUUGAAGACGAACGUCACAAAUUGAUUGAAGAGGCUGUUAAAAGAAACCCCGAGUAUAAACCUCCAGCAGAUUACAAACGACCCACCAAGGUGCAGGACAAAGUUUACAUUCCCGCGAAGGAAUUUCCGGAAAUAAAUUUUAUAGGCCUGUUAAUCGGCCCUCGCGGUAAUACUCUUAAAAAAAUGGAAGCAGAAUCUGGAGCUAAGAUUAGUAUUCGUGGUAGAGGAAGUGUGAAGGAGGGCAAAAGCAGAACUGACGCUGCGGCUAAUGCCAAUCAAGAAGAAGAUCUGCAUUGCUUGGUCACUGCUGAUGCCGAAGAAAAAGUCGCUAAGGCAGUCAAAAUGAUUAAUAAAAUAAUUGAAACGAGACAGCAACUACGAGAAUUAGCAGCCCUCAACGGUACUCUCAGAGAUGAUGAGAACCAGAUUUGUACUAACUGCGGCGCCACCGGUCACCGGAAAUAUGAAUGCAGCGAAACUCAAAAUAUUACCAUCAAUCUUACAUGCCGUAUUUGCAAUGGUCACGGGCAUACGGCAAGGGAUUGUAUGGAAAGAAACAAUCCGGAAGCCUUGCAACAAGCCAAACAGAGGGAUCAAAAAUUGGAUAGUGAAUAUCUGAGCUUGAUGGCUGAACUUGGUGAGAAUAUUGACGCAUCAAGGGCCAAUGAUCCUAGCAUUAAAACAGGGCAUUAUGGGCCAUCCAGUGGUUCAAAACCUCCGUGGGCCGCACAAGCCUCAUCUUCUUUGGCUGCUCCUCCGUGGUCUAAGUCAUCAAUUCCUCCCGGAGUUUCUCAAUCAGUUUCAGCUGGUUUGCCGCCCUGGCAACAAACUACUGCUGGAAUUCCGCCACCGCCUGACCAAGACGAAAAAAUGUCUACCACGGCGAAGAGAGAUCAUAUUUCGUCAGAACUUCCCUGGGUUGAAAAGUAUCGGCCGCUUUAUUUGAAAGAUGUUAUAGGAAACGAGGGGGUCAUACAUGGUUUAAAACGUUGCGCGGCAGACGGAAUUAGUCAUCAUAUGUUGUUAGCUGGUCCACCCGGGGUAGGCAAGACAACUACUAUUUUCUGUUUGGCACGCGAAACCCUAGGUAGUGAGCUCAUGAAACAAGCCGUGUUGGAGCUUAAUGCCUCAGAUGAUAGAGGUAUCGAUGUCGUUAGAAAUUCAAUCAAAACAUUUGCUAAAACCAAGGUCAAUCUGCCUCCUGGAAAGAAAAAGAUAAUCAUCCUGGAUGAAGCUGACAGUAUGACACAAGGUGCUCAACAAGCUCUUCGUCGCAUUAUGGAGAUGUAUUCUGAUACGACGAGGUUCGCAUUGGCGUGUAAUACCUCUGAGAAAAUCAUCGAACCUAUUCAAAGUAGAUGCUUAAUUAUGAGAUAUGGUAAGUUGAAAGAAAAAGAUAUUUUGAAGAGACUAAUGGAAAUUUGUGAGUUGGAAAAAGUAAAGUAUAGUCCCGAAGGUCUUGAAGCGAUCAUAUUUACCGCUGACGGUGAUAUGCGACAAGCAGUUAACAAUCUACAAUCUACUUUCUCCGGGUUUGUAGACGAGGCGAUAACCGGAUUAUCGGACUUGUGGCAAAAAGGAUAUAGCGCAGUGGACAUUGUUACAACUUUCUUUCGUGUUGUAAAGAUUGUCGAUGAUAUUUCAGAAAGUGUCAAGAUGGAUUUUAUAAAGGAAAUCGGAUUCACUCAUAUGAAAAUCCUGGAGGGUGUAUCCACCUAUCUCCAACUUUCCGGUCUUGUAGCAAGGCUAUGCAUGAUUGCAGAGAAAAUAGUUUAG